AUGGAAAAGGCUGACGAAAUCCCAGUUAUAAUAAACUCGUCGUCAGUGGGGGGUAUUACCAAAGAUAGCAUUGAAGCUGGCAUCUCGAAUAGUACUGAUAUCAGUUCAGAAUCAGAGUACAAUUCAGUAAGGGAUGAGGACGAGAAAGAAGUUCUUGAUGAAAUUGGCAGUGACACUAAUGACGAUUUUGUGGGUAAUGAUCCUAUUGAUCCUAUACAAAAUCAGACUUUGACUGACAAGAUUGACAUAACUGUGGUGAGAUCUAUGACUGAAGAUGAUUUGAAGCCGUAUUUACCAGCGCACGGAGACAGACUGGCUUUAAAAUCUUUUGCUUCUAAAAGCAGGAGAAUAAGCCUUAUUGAGAAACUAAAAACAACUUUCGAUUCCUUUGGAGAGAGUUCCCAGCCACGACCUCAUUCUAAACCUGCCAAAAAAGCCAAAGGAAACAAUUUAAAGGAAACAAGAAUGAUAGAAAUUGGAUGGAAAAUAUAUUGCCCGAAGAAAAAAGAAUUCAGGCCUGUUAGAAUGCCGACAGGUGGCACAAGAAGGAUAUCGGUACCAAAAAUAAUGAAAUAUAACGACAUUCUUGCAAAAGCUAUUGAUCUAUUUUUUCCUGAUGGUUCCUCGUCAUACGGACAUAUCAGAGAGUUCGAAUAUGAAUUGCAAGAUUAUAAAUCUUUGAAAAUAGUGGAAGAUAUUGACAUCAAUAAGAUGUAUGAGGUCUCGGGAAUGAAUACAUUAAGGUUUUACCUAGCAACCACAAAACAUGAAAAAGAUACCGACUUUAUGCCUGCAGUUACGAAGCCUCCAGACACAUUUACGAUGUCUUUAAGAAACAGCUCGGAGCCGAAUAGUCUAAACCUUGAAAGACUUGUAGAAAACAUAUUUGGUGCUGAUGCUAAUGAAUCGCCAAUGGACAUGUUUUACCUGAACGAAAAUAAUAUUUACGACUUACCAGCGAAUACUUCGUAUGCGCCCGAGUAUGCACCAGGAAGUACAUCAAGAACUAAUACCAAUUCAGUAUCAAAUACUCUCGCGUCGUCAACGGAAAUUCGAAACAUGACCCACAACCCCUCUGAUCCUGCUUCUUUCGAAUCGCCUCCAGAAGAAAGAGAAUACAAAGAAUGGGAAGCUGUGGCCAAAAUAAUUGUAGAAAGCUACAUAUCCCAACAGUAUUUCCCAAUUAAAAUCGCACCAGUUUUUGUUAAAAGUUGCUUGGGCUUGGAACUGGACGAAAAGGAAGUAUUGGAAAACUUUUUGAUGUAUGUGUCCCCUUCCGAUGCAUUGCUUUUAAAAAAAGCUUUGAUAGAUUUCGACAGCGUAGAUAUAGAUGACAUACUGGAAUUCUGUUCAAACUAUGAUGGCAAGUGGGUACCGACUAAAGAUAGUUUUGAAAAACUUUUAGGCCAAAUUGCCUUUGAAGAAUUGGUCCAAAAACCGAACUAUGUGCAGGCUUGUUGGCAGAAUGCUUUCCAGAAGAAUUUGGGAGACCUGAAUUUAGACGAAAUAUAUUCCAAAUAUGCCCCAACCGAUAAAAAUAUUUUAUGUAUGCUGGACGUUCCAGAAAAUUUAGAUGAUGAGCAAAGGAAAGUCGUGGCUUUUCUUAAAAAAAUCAUAAAAGAAAGCGACGAGAAAACAAGAUCAUCGUUCCUUCGAUUCUGCACGGGGUCCAAUUUGGCUAAUGCUAAAAUAUUGAUACAUUUUAAUGACAAUACCGGUUUGAGUAGAGCCCCAGUGGCUCAUACUUGUAAUAAUUUGUUAGAACUUCCGACCACCUACGAGAAUUUUAUGAUUUUCAGGUCAGAAUUAAAUAAUAUUUUAAAUGCAGGCGUUUGGGUUAUGGAUAUAAUCUAA